UCCCAGGGCGCGGUGGCUCGGCUGCCCCAGCGCGCCCGGCGCGGCGGUUUGCAAGCUUCGGGUCGUCGGAUCCUGGAAUUUUGAGGCUCCCUCCCUAGGAAAAUUGAGUUGUCUGUACAGCCAAGAAACCAGGGGUCACAGCAGUGAGCGGGGCACGGCUAGAGAUAUACAUCCUGAUCCUCAGACUAAAUAGAAAGCUACAGGAAAGCAUGAAGGAUGAAGCUCCACUUAUAGUACUGCUCGAUAAGUCCUUAUGGAGGAUGAGAAAGAAUACCAUGAAGACACCACUGUCCUAAAUAAUUGUGUUUGAUUUCACAGAGUAAAAUCUCUUUAAGAAGAAACUUACGGGUGUCCGAAAAUGAUUGAGAUAGAGCAGGCGGAGGCCCAGCUCUCUGAGUUAGACCUGCUAACCAGUAUGUUCCCUGGUGAGAAUGAGCUCAUAGUGAAUGACCAGCUGGCUUUAGCAGAACUGAAAGCUUGUAUUGAAAAGAGGACAAUGGAGGGGCGCUCUUCAAAAGUUUACUUUACUAUCAAUAUGAACCUGGACCUAUCUGAGGAAGCAAUGGUGAUGUUUUCUCUAGCCUGUAUUCUUCCCUUUAAGUACCCUGCAAUUCUGCCUGAAAUUACUGUCAGAUCAGUAUUGUUAAGUAGAUCCCAGCAGACUCAGCUGAACACAGAUCUGACUGCAUACCUGCAAAAGAAUUGUCUUGGCGAUGUCUGUAUAUUGAAUGCCACAGAAUGGGUUAGAGAACAUGCCUCUGACUAUGUCAGCAAAGAUAUCUCAUCUUCCCCCAUCACAGGAAGCACAGUCCAGUCAGUCGAUCUCAUCCUCACCAGACUCUGGAUCUAUAGCCAUCAUAUCUACAACAAAUAUAAAAGAAAGAAUAUUCUAGAGUGGGCAAAGGAGCUUUCCCUGUCUGGGUUUAGCAUGCCUGGGAAACCUGGUGUUGUUUGUGUGGAAGGCCCACAAAGUGCCUGUGAAGAAUUUUGGUCAAGACUCAGAAAAUUAAACUGGAAGAGAAUUUUAAUUCGCCAUCGAGAAGACAUUCCUUUUGAUGGCACAAAUGAGGAAAUGGAAAGACAAAGGAAAUUUUCUAUUUUUGAAGAAAAAGUGUUCAGUGUUAGUGGAGCCAGAGGAAACCACAUGGACUUUGGUCAGCUGUAUCAGUUCUUAAAUGCCAACGGAUGUGGGGAUGUUUUUCAGAUGUUCUUUGGUGUGGAAGGACAAUGACUGAGUAGAAGAGUAGUUCAAAGUAUCGUGGCCUUUUGAUUUUUUUUUUCCUACUUUUUCUUGAAAGAUUAAGUAAUCUUAUGUUAGCUCCAUUGUAGACUGUGGGGGAAAAAAACAAGAAAAAGUAGUAUAGAUGGAAUGCAUCUGUUAAAAAUAUGUCAUGAUUGAAAGCAGAACUGAGUUUCACAUUAAAUCUUAAAAUUACUGAUAGAAAUUUCUUAACAUAUAAAUUACCCAUUUUGAAAGAGAAAUUAUCUGUGAAGGUAAUAUUGGUGUCCAACUUUAUAGUCAUUCCCAACCCCCUUCUCCCUUACCUGGCUCUACUAUAGAACCUGGAAAAGCUAAUUGCUCAUCCUCUUAGUCUCUUUUGCAGUUACAGGUGGCAUCGGGAUUUCUGGGAAAACUUUUGCUUCCUGAUCAAAGUGAUAGAUGCAGCUAGGCCACCUCUUCCCCCUCUUUCUGAAGUAACAGCUGGAGCGGGAGUAGUGCUCUCAACUACAAGGGAAGGAAGGGCCAAGAGAACCUCAGAGAUGCUAGUCCCCACAUUGUUGAGCUGCUUAUCCUGCCUAUCUCUAGAGGUCUUAUUAUGAAAUAAAACUAGUUUUAUUUAUUUAAACUCUAAGCUCUUUAUUAGCAGUGAAAAGGUAGUUUAUCAAAUAGCCUUUUUCCAAAGCUUUAGUUUUGCAUCUACCAUUUAAUAAACAAAUAUGUGAACUUUUUCUUAAA